GGGGAUGUUUCGGGGCUUAUUUCUGUGUCGAGUGCGUAGACUGGCGGCCCCUGGGCACCAUCCCAAUGCCCUGUGCCGGGAGUUUAGUCCUCCUGUCGCUGGGGGACCCCCCCACACACACACACACAACACGAGGGGACUGCUUGGUGGUUUCUGCCCAGACUGGCGGCGGCUUGGGGACAGGACGCUGGGGGGCCUGUCACUGGGGGCGGAGGAGCCGGGUGCAGGCCCCACAAGGAGGUGGUGACUUGGUGCCUGACGUCCCCGCCCGACCUGGACGAGGCGUGGAGCUGAGGCCAUGGUGCCGCCUCCUCAUCCAACCGGGUCCCUCCCAGGACAGCGCCCCCCUCGGGCCAGGCCUGGGCCCAGACGAAGCCCGGGCUCCUUUGUCAGCACCGACCCAAAACUGCGUUAAAGAAUGUCAGAAACCACAUGAGAACAGCUUUCAACACACACACACACACACACGCACUUCACACAACUUAACACGCAGAGAAGUGCCCGGAGGAGCCACCUGUGCGCUGCCCUCCUGCCCCAGUCCGUCCGUCUGUCCGUCCGUCUGUCCGUCCGUCCGUCCGUCCAUGUGCUGCUUGCGGUUUUGUUUGUUGCUGUUUUGCUGUUUAUUUUCCCUCAUGGGCUGGAGGACCCACCUGUCUGCCCGGAAGGAGGAACGGGCAUUUUUAUUGGGGGCAUGUUUGUUGGCGGGCAUGUUUAUUGGGAGGGGCUGUUUGCAGGUCCCUGUGGCGGCAGCCCCCCCCCCCCAGGCGGCCCCUCCCACCGGCCUCCUCCUGGGGGUUCAUCGUUUCCUGCAUUUCCCACGUCCCUGCCUGACUUUGGUCCCGGGCAGUUGCCUCUCUUGUUCGGAGCCCGCCCUCCGGACGGACGGACGGACUCGGGGACAGAAAGGGGCCGCUCCCUCCCUCGCCCCGUGGAGCCGCGACCUACAAAUCCGAGGGUAUUUCUGGAAAACCGGGUGGGAAUUUAAUUUUUAAAACGGGACCUGAUUCAAUUAGACAAAGAGCUUAUCCGGAAAGAACCGGCUGGUGAAUUGUCCGGAGAGCUUGCGCCUCUGACUACACGAUGGGUCCCGGUUCUGUGACUCCCAGGACCCCCCAGCUCGGGCCUGACCCCAGCGGCCCCUCCACCGCUCCCCAGAGUCGUCGCGGCCGGGUCAGCACUGACCCUGACCCCAGGCCUGCU